GCUUACUCGGCACAAAUUUAUUUCUGCAUUAGGCCUCCUACAACAUCAUGUAAAAGGUCACUUCGCUACAACUUCUACAGGGCAAGGUUUGUCACCGAGUAAAAGAAGGACCGCGUGUUCGUGUUGCUCUGGCUGGUCACAGAUGUCAGAAACUGGUGUAGUGAGGCACGUUAAUGUUUAGACCACGGAGACGCAUUUGAAUUUGGAGCAUUAAUGAAAACAUGCUGUGAAUCGACUUGUGGAACACGAGAGAUGUCUUAUCCGCAUGAGGAUAUCUAAAUCGUGAUGCAUGGGUAAUCUUAGAUUUUGCCAAUCACACCUGGAGCACCUCACUGGUCUUUUGUCUUGACAAAGGCUUCAACAUCAAUGGCGGCUGAACAAUCACACGAGACUAUUUCCUUCUCCCAUAUUGAAGCCAAGACUUGGACGUGAUUUGGAAGCCAUUAUCACUCUAGAUGAAACGUCCAGGAAUCUCAGGAAUUGCAACCGGAUCCAAAGUUCAAAGGAGCAAUGAUAUUUCUCAAAAUGCCUAGAUUCAAAAAAAGCCAACUGCGGUUAUUAACAAUAUGCUUUAGUACCUUAAUGCUCAUGGCGUAUUGGGAAAAGAUUGACAAUAAUGUCGUAACCCAUGUAAUGUCCUUCUCGUACCGCUACCUUCGCAAUAGCUUCGCGUUCGUUAACGCAAGCUUCAGAGUCAAUCCUGAAGACGCUUUCAAGUACAGCAAUCACAGAUACCUAAUAAACCACGAGAGGAAGUGUGGAGAAAAAGACGUUCUGCUUCUGCUCUUUGUAAAAAGCUCCUCAGAGAACUUUGAGAGAAGACAGGCCAUCCGCUCUACUUGGGGAAACGAGACAUAUAUUGAAAGGACGCUGGGUGUUACUGUAAGGGUGUUGUUCGCUCUUGGCCUCCAUCCGGAACCAGAGAAAAGAAGACAGCUUAAGAUGCAACUCUUGUUUGAGGACCAAAGAUUUCACGACCUCAUCCAGCAGGACUUCAUGGACACCUUUCACAAUCUUACUCUGAAGCUACUUUUGCAGCUCAGCUGGAAAGAAACCUACUGCCACCGUGCCCAUUUCCUCAUGUCUGCAGAUGAUGACGUCUUUGUUCACAUUCCCAACUUGAUUCACUUCUUGCAAAGGAUUGGCCACGGUAAACCCAAAAACCUUUGGAUAGGAAGAGUGCACCGGGGUUCACCACCUGUCCGAGACAAAGAGAGCAAGUACUACGUGUCCCAAGAAAUGUACCCCUGGUUGUCUUACCCAGACUACACCCCUGGUUCUGGAUAUGUCCUCUCCAGUGAUGUGGCUACCAAAAUCUAUCAAGCUGCACUCACCAUAAACGCUUCCUUUUACAUUGAUGACGUCUUCCUUGGGAUCUGCGCCAAAGUGAUGGACAUUGCUCCCAAGGACCACGCUUUCUUUUCAGGAGAGGGAAAAGCCCCUUAUCACCCUUGUAUCUACAACCAGAUGAUAACUUCACAUGGACACGUCAGCGAUAUUCGGGAGAUGUGGAGACGUGUAACGGAAGCUGAAGUUAGUCAGAUAUCCUCUGGACUGAUUUGGAGGCUCUACUGCGCUGUUGCCAAAGUGAGGCUCCUGUGUGUACCGUUUCUUUCAAACUCUUACCCAUGUAAGGCAGCUUUUUUUUGAAGACAACAGUUAUUAAAACAGUAAAGAACUCUUAUAUUUAAAAGUCAUAUUACUAGAGUAACUUGGUUCUGAAUUGCACAGGACCAGUAGGUUAGAUCUAAAUACAGUAAGGAAAGGAAUUUAGUGGUGUGCCUCAUGAAAUAAAAAGUAAUUUACGGCAAUUAACGUUAAAAAAAGUUGAAAAUUAAGAUGAAAUAAAAGCAUAGUGUUGGCUUUUAUCUGUACAUAUUGUUUUUCUUGCACACACACAUAUAUAUAUAUAUAUAUAUAUAUAUAAUAUUUAUAUUGUAUUUAGUUAUUUAUUUAAUCAUUUAUUAUUGUAUACUGUAUUAAUAUUUCUCUUCCAUUCUUUCUCAGUUUUAACAGCAGAUCUCUAUUAAAGUUUGUCUUAAACAGCUGAAAACGCUCUAUUUCAAAAUUAUGUUCUUUGUUUGGAAUGAAUUUUUUACCUAAAUUUAAAACAAAUUAAAACACAGGGUUUUGAUUGAUAAUCAAUGAUUAUCAAAUGUAGAAAUGUACAGAAAUGUAAUUGGGCAACUUGGGCGAAGGCAGGGAAAAGCCCUGGCAUGAAUGGAUGGGGCUAGUACUUCGAAAUAGUAGCCCUUUACAAACCCACAUACUGUAUUGGGAUUGAUUUUAAGAUAAAAAUCAGUAAUGUUUAAAAAAUGAUCUUAAAC